GAAAAGGCCGAUUGACGUUACCUUCUAAGUAAUUAGUCCACCAAGUUAUAGCACGUUGUUAAAUCGAUAGGAGACGAAGAGAUUACCUAGUUGAAGGGAAUACAGCAUACAAAUACGGGAGGGUGACGCCGAUGUUCAUGCGAUUCCCAACAAGGAAGGCGGGCUGUCUCAGGCCCCUGAAAGAAACCCCUGCAGAGGUCAGCAUUAACCCCCAGCUCGCUGUCGCUCAUCUACCCCAAUUACGUUGACCUCAACCAGGUCAUGGAGCAUAGAGAAGCCGGGCGUAGCAUCAUGGACGGGAGAUUAGCUUGAAGAAGUGUAUAUCUAUAUAAAGGAGAUGGAAGACCCUUUUGAUGUUGUGCUUAGUAGAUUGGGUCAGUCCACAAGCAUAGCGGCCAUCUCGACUCUUGACCUAGGUUGAAAAAGUUACCUAUCUUCAAGAUGUCUGUCCGAAAGAGUCUCGCCGCCACAGGAAUGGCCUUAUUGUUGGCCACUUCCACUCCGGUUGUGAAUGGUAGCCCUAUCGCGCAUCUUCUCAAGCUUUUCACUCGGGACCCACCAACGGCAUUACCUGAGAAAGCCACUGCCAAUGAUAAGAAGUGGCAACCGGCGAUGGACUUCGACACCGAUGGGUGCUACAACACGCCGGCUAUCGGCGCGGACGGCACCAUAAACCCAGGCCUUGACCAUGAGAACACUGGUCUUGCCGAGGACUGCCACGACCUCUCAGAUCUCCAGAAUAACAACGUAUACUCGCGCGCGCGGUGUAAUAACGGGUGGUGCGCGUACCUAUACGACUACUACUUUGAGAAGGAUGUUGCGAUUCCCAACAUCCCUCUGGACCCAGGCCACCGCAACGAUUGGGAACAUAUCGUUGUGUUCGUACAAAAUGAUGAGGCUAAGGUUGUUGCUGCGUCGCAACAUGGCGGGUACGAAGUUAAGAAUGCUAGCGAUGUCCGGUGGGACGGCACACACCCUAAGAUGGUCUACAACAAGGACGGUCUUGGUACACAUGAUUUCCGGUUUGCGAAUGCGGAUGACGAUAACAUCGAGAACGAUACUGGAGCGUGGUUCUAUGGCGCGUUGAUCUCUUACAAUGGCUUCCCGAGCACUGACCUCCGAGAUAAACUUGUCGCGUAUGACUUCGGCAGCGCCAGUAUUGCUUUCAAGGACGCAAGUUUCCAAGGCAAUUUAGAUAAGGCUCGUAGUGACUUAGUAUCAGGUUUCGAUACUGGCGUCGAUGACGGGUCACCUGGAACCCCAUGAGCAGGCGGCGGUAUCAAGAUGAGGUCAUGAAUAAAUGU